AUGUUCCUAAAAAAGGACAUCUGCUGCUCUGGUCUGGGUCAAUUUAUCUCCAGGACUGCCUCUCUCUUGGAGGAGCUAGGGAAUUCUUUUUCUUGCGACUUUUCGGUGGACGAUUCUGGUGGAGCUCGCCUAAUGGCCAAGAUUCUUUUUCAGAAAUUUCCCAAAGAAUUGAAGGGGGAAAUGAUAGGACUAACAGGUAAACGAAUACCAUCAUUGUCUGCUAUAUUGGAACUUACAAGUGAGGCAGUCAAACGAUUACGGGUUAAGGGAAGCGCGUCUGCUGCUUCUACAUUCACCACUGGCCAGGGUUCUUCUCAAAAAACCGCACGGAGGGCCACUGUUACUUCUUCCUUUCAUAUGGAUUCCAACAACCUGACUUCUGCUGGUUAUUCCGUAGCUUGCCCCCAUCCUAUUGGUCACUUUUUUCAAUGGAGAAAAAUGGUGUCAGUUAAUUGCCUUUUGGACACUGGUAGUGGGCGUUCGUACUUGUCUGCUGAUGUACUGAGGGACUUGGGUUCAGUUGAGACUGUUGGAGUCAGUUGUCGGUUUAGACUUUUCACCCUCCUUGGUGAGUGUGACCGGAAUUUCACGGAGGUGGUUCUGGGAGUUGACCUUGGUUCUGGUGAGGCUUUGGCUUCCUCUGUUUUGGUCACUGAUGCAAUGGACUUGUCUGUACGACUGGCUCACUUGGAGACCCUGUUGGGUGCUUUUAGGGCAGCUGACUAUAAUUUGGCUGGCCAAUUUGAGGCCGGGUCAGACCUUGUGCUUAUCAAGGGCAUUAUUGGAUUGGACCUUAUUCAUCGAUUGAUUACAUUGAAGUUGGUCCCCUGUCUGAGGGGUUGGGCAUUUUCUGUUCCGUCAGGCCUGGUUCCCUUUGGAACUGUGGACUCCUUUUGUCAGGAGACAAGAUCCCUUGUGAAGUGGCCCACCUCUCCUUUAAUACUGUAA